CGGAAGCUGGACGCUCAACGUUCAUGCGGGGUGGUGUUGACAACAAAAAGUAUCUGUGGGAGAAAAGUAAUUUGUGGACUUCAGGGGACAUUUACAGACGUAACAACAAAAUAUGUCAGACAACGAAGAUAACUUCGAUGACGGAGAUUUUGAUGAUGCCGAGGAGGAUGAAGGAUUAGAUGACCUGGAAAACGUGGAAGAUGAAGAUCAGGAGAACGUGCAGAUCCUACCUGCAGGAGAGGGCCAGCAGGCCAACCAGAAGAGGAUCACAACACCAUACAUGACCAAAUAUGAGAGAGCCAGAGUGCUGGGAACACGAGCUCUCCAGAUAGCGAUGUGCGCUCCAGUCAUGGUGGAGCUGGAGGGAGAAACAGACCCCUUGCAGAUAGCUAUGAAGGAGCUCAAAGGCAGAAAGAUCCCAAUCAUCAUUCGCAGGUACCUUCCUGAUGGCAGUUAUGAGGACUGGGGAUGUGAUGAGCUCAUCAUAACCGAUUAAAGAACUUAUCCAGUCUGCACUGACAAAACAGUGUACGCUGGUUCACACACAAAUAUUGUACCAGGUCAGUCGGGUACACAAACACAGAAGAGUCCCAAAAGUGGUGCAGUUAUCUCCUACCUGUUCAUACCUCGACUUAAUCCACAAAGUGAUCAGAUGACUCUGUGAGCUGGUGAAACAUGAAUACAUGAAAUGUACAGAACAGACACUUUGAAGACCUGUGAAAAUCACAACAGUAUGUUUCUUGCAGGUUUAUAAUCCUGUAAUCUGGUUUGUGCUGUUUUCACUCUCAUUAUGUUGUUGGAGCUCUCCAUGCCACUAGAGUAAAAUUCAAAGUUAGUAUCUACUGUACUUCCUGUUUUGACAGCUGCAUUAUAAAUAACAGCCACAAGGGGGAAAUGUGACUUUGGUUAAACAUGUGUUUUGUUUUUCAAGCUAGUCUUGUGUUUUAAUUAUUCCAUUUUUUUGUUUCAGAGAAAAAAGUUCAUCAGUGUCAAAGAAGUGUUAUAUUAGUUUGAAUAAACUGUUUUGUAUAAAUGAA